UGCACUGUGGUUUAUAAUUUUAUAAUUUAUAGUAUUUGAUUGAAUUAUGAACCAUGAACUAUUGAAGUUUUUAAUAUGUUACUGAUUUCAAUUAGAGGUUGAAGUUAUGUCUGGUACAAAAAAUACUUUAUCAUUCAAUGUUUGAAAUUCCUAUUCACAAGAUGACAAGAAAAGUCUGAAAGGGGAUCUUACACCAUCUGUAACAACCGACUGGUACAAAGUGAAUGAUUAUCUCAGCUUUAAUUUGGUGUUUGCAGAAAAAACAAAAAUUAGAGAUAAAAUAGGUAGGUAAAUGUUACAUAAUUAUGAUCUAGCUAGAUUGGCGGAUUGAAGGGAGGAGAGCGAGGUCAUCCUAUGCCAUUGAUUAGAUAAUCUUUUCAGAUUAUUUCAACUUUGUGACAAGUCAACAGCAAUAUCAAUUCAUUGUGAAACAAGCUAGAACGAACCAAAAUGGAAACAGAUAAAUAUAUUACCAUUGUUCCUGUUGAGUAUCCUCGAAACAGGCAACAGUUCAUACGGCCUCCCGAUGAAUACAGUGACUUUCCACAAAACCGGAAUUGGCCCCAUACGAGAGCAGUUAGGACCGAAUCAAGUACUAUGCGGAGGAAAGAACUGAAACGAUCAUUGGAACACAAAAGAUCUCACAAUCAUUCUCGUAAUGAUCCUAUACAGUCAUGUUCCAAGCCAAUAAUAAGUGCUCCACUAGCAUUCCAAACCGCUCCAAAACCUAUAAAGAAACCGCUUAGUGUAUACAUUUACACAAUGGCUGAUAUAGUUUUACAUAUGGAUAUAGAAGAUGCAAACACAACUACAGUAUCAGAUCUUGUUGAUAUUAUAAUAAUGCAAAAAAAUUUGGGAUUAUCAAGAAUUGCUAAGAAUAUUUUUACAAUUUGGAUGAAAUCAAACGUUUUAGAAAUCCAGUUAAAACCACAUCACAAAUUAUUGACAGUUUUUCAAAAAUGGCCCACACUUGAAGAAAAAUACUGCACUCAAACCAAAAAAGUUAUUUUUAAAGAUCCCAUUUUGAGUUUUCAAAGAAAUGUUUUUUUCCCCAGAAAAGAUGAAGAAAAAAUUAAGGACCAAAAAAUUAUUGAGCUAUUGUAUGCUGAAGCUAAAUAUAAUGUAUUACAAGGUCGGUAUCCUGUUGAAGUGAACCACUGUUUGAUGUUAGCUAGUUUGCAGUGCCGAAUAGAAUUAGGUCCAAACAAUUUACAACAGUACACCUCAAGUUUUUUUAGAGAUAACCGGGAAAGAUUUUUACCAUCACAUCUAUACAAAAGCUGGUCAUCAUGGUUAAAUCUUGAUAGAAAAAGUACGCCUCAUUCUCGACUAGCAGACCAUUUAAAACAUAUACAGAUAACUGGAUCUGAUCGUAGACUUUACCACAAGUAUUUAGAGUGCUGUUACAUGCUACCAUUUUAUGGGUGUGCUUUUUUCCAUGGUCAAAUUGAGCAACCGGUUCGAGGUUUGAUGUCUUUAAUUAACCAUAAAGAUGUUCCUAUUUACAUCGCAGUCAACACCGAAGGAGUUUAUAUCUUGGAUUGUGUGGAAAAUAGUUUAUUGUUGGGUCUUAAGUAUCAAGAUUUUUCAUGGGAAUUCGCUAAGCCAUCUCAAGAAGAUAAUGAUCAUUGUUUACCAUGUAUAUUUCUACAGUUUUUAGUAUUAGAAAACGGAACAAGAGUUUCAAAAAUUUUACAAGUGUUUUCUAAACAAGCUGUCAUGAUAGAUGCACUAAUUGCCUGUUUCGUUGAAGAUUUUAGACAUAAAUUAGCUAUGAAUGAAUAUGACGAUGUAGAUAGAACUGGUGGUUUUGAACAUAUUUCUGUUGGCGAUGGAUCUCAAGUACCUUUGGCACAUUUGUUCCGCAGCGAACCACAAUCGCGAUUGUGUAAUAAACUAAAUAAGUUGACACUAGCUACAUUUGACGAAGAUGGUCAUUGUAUCGGACAAAUGGGAUCUUGGUCAUUCAGUUACUAAAAGUGGAUACUUAAUACAAUAUAUUUUAAUUUUUUUUCUACUGAUCUCUAUACCGCCAUCCUUUUCUUUAAUUCACAUUUCUUCUACUUCUUACCAUUGAAUACUAUUUGUAUCAAGAUAUAAUACAUGUGAUUACCUUUACCUAGUCAA